AUGGCUGCUGUCGAGCCUUUCGAGCACGAUGACAUCGGUUGCGGAAAGAUAUUUUCGAAGAACAGAGACGUAAAAGAGGGACUCGAUGAUUUGGGAUUGGGAGAUGAAGCGAGACCAUUUAAUCUUCAUGACAGUAGACGGGUGUUGAGAAAGAUUGAUCUCUUCUUGAUACCGGCAAUGGUGAUUGGCUAUGGACUAGUUUACUACGACAAAGCGAUCCUCGGAAACGCUGCAAUCUUUGGAAUGACUGCCGACCUUGAGCUUUCUAUAAUCGAUACCUCGACUAGUCCAUCUCGAAUCGACACAUCGAGGCUCAGCUGGGCAACCUCGAUCUUCUAUUUCGGUCAGCUUGUAGGCUCCUACCCCGUGACCUAUACUCUACAGCAUUUCAAGACACAGCAUGUACUGGGUCCAAUGGUCAUGCUGUGGGCUAUAAUCUGUGCAGCAACGGCUGGGGUGACGACAUGGCAGGGCCUCCUAGUGCAAAGAUUUUUCCUGGGAUUCACCGAAUCAAUCAUCCCGACAUGCUUCAUGCUCACCGUGAGUGGCUUUUACACUCAAUCCGAACAAGCCCUGCGCCAGAGCUGGUGGUUCUCUGGAACUGGAUGGUUUACUAUUAUCGGAGGAGCCAUAAAUUAUGGCUUUGCAAAGAUUCAGAAUGGCGCAUUGACUCCGUGGCAAUAUAUCUACGUUUUCGCCGGAGGGCUGACAUUUUUAUUUGGACUCUGGUGCUUUUUUCUUCCAAGUUCACCGUCAAAUGCCUGGUUCCUGAGCCCAGAAGAACGACUUAUUGCAACUGAGCGGUUGCGAGCCGGACAGACGGGCAUAAAAAAUAGGGGUUUGAAAUUCUCUCAGAUCAAGGAAGCAGUUCUUGAUGUCAAAAUCUGGCUUGUGGCCAUAACGAUGGCUUCUGCAUAUACGGUCAACGGUGCAGUUUCCGGCUUUGGUCCUCUGAUUGUAUCCACCUUUGGGUACUCUUCUUUGGAGAGCAUUCUCUUCCAAUUUCCUCUCGGUGCCUUGUCCGGUACAGGCAUUGUUUUGACAGGGUGGCUGAGCUCGCGAUAUCAGAAUAUUCGGAUAUUCCUCCUACUGGUGUGCUGUCUACCCGUAAUUGCGGGAUUUUCCAUGAUCUGGAAGUCGAGCUGGGGAUACAAGCCGGUCGUUCCUGUGGUUGGGUAUUCGUUGAUUGGAUUCUUUGGGCCAGUCGUCGGACUCACGAUCUCCCUCGGGGCGAGCAACGUUGCUGGUGAGACGAAGAAAAGUUUCAUGGCGUCGGCGGUGUUUGUAGCAUAUUGUGUUGGGAAUAUCAUUGGUCCACAGUUGAUUCAAAGUCAGACCAAGAGCCAACACUAUCCGGUGUUAUGGACCGGGUUGAUUAUAUGUUAUUGCAUCGCCAUGCUAUCCUCUUCAAUUCUCUAUGUCAUGUGGUCUCGAGAAAACAAAAGGCGAGAUGUACUAGAAUUGAAUGAGAGUGAACGCGAUAGAAAUGCUUUCAAGGAUUUGACCGACAAAGAAAACCUGCACUUCAGAUAUGUUCUUUGA